AUGGAUAGACCUAACAGGGCUGAUAUAUCGCAUGAAGCAGCCGAAGAUUGUUCUUCUUAUAUUGUGUCGGGGAAAAUUGUCAUUACGGGUGCAAAGGUAAGAGAAGACACGUAUAAGGCCUUUGAGAACAUAUACCCUGUCCUUACAGAGUUCAGGAAGGUCCAGCAAUGGUGCGCCCCCCUCACUCUCCCAAGAGCAACAAUAAAAAAUCUGUUGCUUGAUGAAAUCUUAAUUUGGGUGUUUCUCUAG